AUGUCGAAGAAACGCAAAGCCCUCGAGGGUGGAGGAGGUGGAGAGUCCCCGAGCCCAGAGGAGGAACCCACUGCCUGGUCUGGGGGCCGCGGCCGCCAGGAGCAAGCCAGCUGCUGUCCAUUCACACUGAGAAGUGGGAGCAGAGGACCGGCGUUGCUGACUCUGAGAAGCAGCGCGGAUUCCUGGGGGCAGAUGAGCGAUGACCCAGCGGAAGGCAGAGGGGAGUCCUGCCACUCAGCAGGUUUGACAGAUGAAAAAGUGAAGGCGUAUCUUUCUCUCCAUCCCCAGGUGUUAGACGAGUUUGUAUCUGAAAGUGUUAGUGCAGAGACUGUAGAAAAAUGGCUGAAGAGGAAAAACAACAAACCAGAAGAUGAGUCGGCUCCUAAGGAAGUCAGCAGGUACCAAGACACGAAUAUGCAGGGAGUUGUGUAUGAACUCAACAGCUACAUAGAGCAGCGGCUGGACGCAGGAGGAGACAACCAGCUACUCCUCUAUGAGUUGAGUAACGUCAUUAAAAUAGCCACAAAAGCUGAUGGAUUUGCACUGUAUUUCCUUGGAGAGUGCAAUAAUAGUCUGUGCGUCUUCACUCCACCUGGAAUCAAAGAAGGAAAACCCCGGCUCAUCCCUGCUGGGCCCAUUGCCCAGGGUACCACCACCUCUGCCUACGUGGCCAAGUCCAGAAAAACAUUGCUAGUGGAGGACAUCCUUGGGGAUGAGCGAUUUCCGAGAGGUACUGGACUGGAGUCGGGGACUCGCAUCCAGUCGGUGCUCUGUUUACCGAUUGUCACUGCCAUUGGCGAUUUGAUUGGCGUCCUCGAGCUGUAUCGGCACUGGGGCAAAGAAGCCUUCUGUAUGAGCCACCAGGAGGUUGCAACAGCCAAUCUCGCCUGGGCUUCAGUAGCAAUACAUCAGGUGCAGGUGUGCAGAGGCCUUGCUAAGCAGACGGAACUGAAUGACUUCCUACUUGAUGUGUCCAAGACAUAUUUUGAUAACAUAGUCGCAAUAGACUCUCUACUUGAACACAUAAUGAUAUAUGCAAAAAAUCUGGUGAAUGCAGAUCGUUGUGCACUUUUCCAGGUAGACCAUAAGAACAAGGAGUUAUAUUCAGACCUUUUUGAUAUUGGAGAGGAAAAGGAAGGAAAACCUAUCUUCAAGAAGACCAAAGAGAUAAGAUUUUCAAUUGAGAAAGGAAUUGCUGGUCAGGUAGCAAGAACAGGGGAAGUCCUGAACAUUCCAGAUGCCUAUGCAGACCCACGCUUCAACAGGGAAGUGGACCUGUACACGGGGUACACGACCCGGAAUAUCCUGUGCAUGCCCAUCGUGAGCCGAGGCAGCGUGAUCGGCGUGGUGCAGAUGGUGAACAAGAUCAGCGGCAGUGCCUUCUCGAAGACGGACGAGAACAACUUCAAGAUGUUCGCUGUCUUCUGCGCUUUAGCCUUACACUGUGCCAACAUGUACCACCGAAUCCGCCAUUCCGAGUGCAUUUACCGGGUGACGAUGGAGAAGCUGUCCUACCACAGCAUCUGCACGGCGGAGGAGUGGCAGGACCUCAUGCGUUUCAGCCUCCCCGUGCGCCUCUGCAAGGAGAUCGAACUAUUCCACUUUGACAUUGGUCCUUUCGAAAGCAUGUGGCCUGGGAUUUUUGUGUACAUGGUCCAUCGGUCCUGUGGGACGUCCUGCUUUGAGCUUGAAAAGUUGUGUCGCUUUAUUAUGUCUGUGAAGAAGAACUACCGGCGGGUGCCGUACCACAACUGGAAGCACGCCGUCACGGUGGCACACUGCAUGUACGCCAUCCUGCAGAACAACCACGGGCUCUUCACCGACCUUGAGCGCAAAGGACUGCUGAUCGCGUGCCUGUGUCAUGACCUGGACCACAGGGGUUUCAGCAACAGCUACCUGCAGAAGUUCGACCACCCCCUGGCCGCGCUCUACUCCACGUCCACCAUGGAGCAGCACCACUUCUCCCAGACCGUGUCCAUCCUCCAGUUGGAAGGGCACAAUAUCUUCUCCACCCUGAGCUCCAGUGAAUAUGAACAGGUGCUUGAGAUCAUCCGCAAAGCCAUCAUUGCCACAGACCUUGCUCUGUACUUUGGAAACAGGAAACAGUUGGAAGAGAUGUACCAGACCGGAUCGCUAAACCUUAAUAAUCAAUCACAUAGAGAUCGUGUCAUUGGUCUGAUGAUGACUGCCUGUGAUCUUUGCUCUGUAACAAAACUGUGGCCGGUUACAAAAUUGACAGCAAAUGAUAUAUAUGCAGAAUUCUGGGCUGAGGGUGAUGAGAUGAAGAAGCUGGGAAUACAGCCUAUUCCCAUGAUGGACAGAGACAAGAAGGAUGAGGUCCCACAAGGCCAGCUGGGCUUCUACAACGCCGUGGCCAUCCCCUGCUACACCACGCUCACGCAGAUCUUCCCGCCCACCGAGCCGCUCCUCAAAGCCUGCAGGAAUAACCUCAGCCAGUGGGAGAAGGUGAUCCGAGGGGAGGAGAGCGCCGUGUGGAUCUCAUCCCAGCCCGCGGCCCACGGGCCCUCGGAGAAGCUGCCUGUGAAGAUCGACGACUGA